AUGCUGAAAUCCCCAUUUCGCCCUCUUUUACGGCAUGCUCAGAGGCCGAUGCCGUUAGCUGUCUCACGGCUUCCAAUCACCCCUGUGAAUAAGAUCCACAGCAGUAAGAGGACACAACAGAGCGAGUCAAAAAGCCAAAGUCACCACAGGGAAUCGCCCAGAAGACCUGUCUUGCUCGCUUCGGCGCUGUCGGCGACGGUGACUACUUUCGGCGGCGCUCUAUUGUUGGUUUCUUUGGGCUAUGGGAGUACAGUAGUGGAAGAUGAAUGCAAGUACGCAAACCGACGACAGAUGGAAUUAGCAGUGGAGGAAAUCAGACAAGCUCUUGGGGAAGACGCCGUGAGCAUCGAAGAUGAGAUACUUCAUGCUCACGGCUACUCGGAGUGGUCCACGAUUAAUAUCGAUAGGCUGCCCGUUGCAGUCACUUUUCCUUCAUCAACAGAAGAAGUAGCAGUAAUCGCCAAGAUAUGCCACAAAAGACGUGUUCCCAUGAUUCCUUAUUCAGGUGGCUCAAGCGUUGAGGGCCAUUUCUCAGCCCCAUACGGUGGCGUCAGUGUUGACUUUGUGAACAUGAACCAAAUUUUGGAGGUACAUGCCGACGAUUUGAACGUUGUCGUGCAGCCGUCUGUACCCUGGAUGGAUCUCAAUGCGAAGAUACAGGACACUGGUCUCUUCUUUCCAAUUGACCCUGGCCCUUCGGCACAAAUUGGCGGCAUGAUUGGUACCAAUUGCAGUGGCACAAACGCAGUAAAAUACGGGACUAUGAAAGACUGGGUGGUAAACCUGACAGUCGUCCUGAGCGAUGGUACUAUUAUGAAGACUCGUCGAAGGCCGCGCAAGUCGUCAGCUGGCUAUAACCUCAAUUCUUUAUUCGUGGGAUCCGAGGGCACCUUGGGGUUCGUCACUGAAGCUACGCUCAAACUUGCCCCAAUCCCAGAGCGAUCUGGAAUUGCGGUAUUGACAUUCCCCACUGUCGGUGCAGCGGCCAGUAUGGCAAUUGAAGUCAUCCGCCGUGGUGUCCCCAUCAACGCGGUCGAGAUUCUCGACGAGGUCCUUAUGAACGUCAUCAACAGGAUGGGUGCCACUUCCAGAGAAUGGGCCGAAGUCCCAACUUUAUUCUUCAAAUUCAGUGGCAGCGAGUUAGCAGUCAAGGACAGCAUCGCUAGAGUGCAGGAUAUAUCCAAAAAUCACAACGUGCAGGACUUUCAGUUUGAAAGCGACCCGCACAAGCAAAAGGCCCUGUGGUUAGCACGCAAAGAAGCACUCUGGAGUAUGAUGGCGUUGAGAGAAACGGAUGGACACGUGUGGUCCACUGAUGUGGCUGUGCCUCUAUCUCGAGUCGCAGAGCUCAUAGAUGUGUCCAAGAAAGAUCUUUUGGGGCUUGGUCUAUUCGGAAGCAUAUUAGGACACAUUGGCGAUGGUAAUUUUCACGAAACAAUUCUCUUCCAGAAACACCAGCACGACCAAGUUGAGCAGAGCGUGGAUAGGAUGGUCUUGAGGGCGCUUGAGAUGGAGGGCACUUGCACAGGUGAGCACGGUAUUGGUCUUGGAAAGAAGGAGUUCCUUAGAGAGGAGGUCGGUCAAGCGCCAAUUGAGGUGAUGAGGGCUAUAAAAUCCAGCUUGGACCCGUUUUGGCUCAUGAACCCGGGCAAAAUCUUUGACAGGAAAUAA